UCGUUCGGGGACGUGUGGUCACGCGCUCCAACUUUGCCAGCGUUCACUCCGAGCAGAGAACUACGAGUCCCGGCAGACGUAGCGGCGCCUUGCUCCACUAGUUACACACUGAAUGUAGUUCGCCGCACUUGGAAAUCCCUUCAUGAUUCACUUCAUUAAUAAAUAAAUAGUUGGGUGUCAUGGCGGAAUCUGCGGCGUGUCCUGUUUUCCAGCUCGGGAGACCCCGGUACGACCAGGGUUCGUUUCUUGGUCGUCUGAGACACUUUGUAGACGUCAUCGAUCCCAGCACCCUGUUCGUGUCAGAGCAACGUCUGAAGGAUUCCAUCAAGCUCCUUGACGACUACAAACAUGGCUCCCUUCCACCUGGAGUGUCCGACUGCCAGCUGUGGGAAGCCCAGAAGAUCAAGCAGGCCAUCAUUCAUCCUGACACAGGAGAGAAGAUCUUCAUGCCUUUUCGAAUGUCAGGUUAUGUGCCAUUCGGAACGCCGAUUGUCAUUGGCCUUCUCCUCCCAAACCAGACUGUGGUGUCUACCAUUAUCUGGCAGUGGUUGAACCAGAGUCACAAUGCUUGUGUGAACUAUGCCAACCGCAAUGCAACCAAGCCGACCCCAACAUCCAAGUUUCUCCAAGGUUAUGUGGGAGCCGUGACGAGCGCCGUGUCCAUCGCAGUGGGACUGAAUGUGCUGAUUCAGAAAGCCAACAAGCUGAGCCCUGCCACCAGAAUGAUAAUCCAGAGAUUGGUCCCCUUCCCAGCUGUGGCGAGUGCAAAUAUCUGUAACGUGGGCCUGAUGAGGCACAACGAGUUGUCUGAAGGCAUCGACGUGCUGGACGGCAACGGAAAUGUGGUGGGAUCCUCAAAAAUCGCUGCCAGACACGCCAUCAUGGAGACCGCCUUCACACGUGUGGUCCUCCCCAUGCCCAUCUUUGUCCUGCCCCCAAUCAUCAUGUCCUACCUGGAGAGGCUGCGAUUUCUGCAGAGCCGGCGCCGACUGCUGCUGCCCAUCCACAGCCUGGUGUGCCUGGUGACCUUCGGCCUCUCCCUGCCCGUGGCCAUCAGCCUGUUCCCGCAGAUGUCCCAGAUCGAGGUGUCUCGCCUUGAGCCCGAGAUCGCCAUGGCAACAGAUUGCAAGGUGGUGACCUACAACAAGGGUUUAUGAUGGAUGGUGUGUAGUGGAGGAGCGGAGCGCACAGGAACAGGGCUGCAUGGUGACGGGCUGUCAGGGAGGAGC